UGCUUCUGAGACUUUGUUCUGUUCAUCGAUCCGUUCGCUCGCGUUCCCAUCUCUAGGAUUUGCAGCAAACCUCGUUUCUGUCAAUCCAAUCCCAGUGAUUUCAAAGUUUUUAGCUCCAUUCAAUGGCGCCAAUUUCAAAAGAGACGGAAGAUUACAUCCGGGAAUCCAUUGAGGGUUCCGCAGGCCUCCCAAUCUCGGAGAAGACGCUCAAGCUGAAGCUUUUGGCUUCGGAGGAAGAUCGCCGACUCCUUCGAGAUCAGAACUUUAUGUUGCAGGACCGACUAAGGGAGAUCAAUACGCGCUUCCAGAGCUGCAAGGAGGAAGCGAGAAUGAACGCACGGGGUUUAAGAAAAUGUAUCAAAGAUAAGGAAACAAUAGUCGCGAAGAAUGCUGAAAAGGAGAAGUACUGUGCCGAACUGGAGAAAAAAUGCAUGCUGUUUCAACGUGAAUUGGAUAAGUACAUGGAAUCCUGUGGUGAGUUAGAGAAGGAGAAUUAUGAACUCCGUGCUCAAUUGCAGGAUAUCUCCUCUCUUCAAGCUAUAUUCGCUGAAGUCCAGUCCUUACAAAAAGAUAAGGAUAUGCUCUUAAAAAACUUGCAGAGAGCUGAAGAGGAGGUGAAAUUGCUGUAUAAAGAGAACAGAUCUCUAGAUGAAGAGAAUAAGUGGUUGCAGAGAAAGCUACAAAGAGAACAAAAACAUCAUAGAUCCGAGCACAAGCACUCAACCAGGGACUCUUCUUCUAGGGGUAAGCGAAAGUCGAGGCAAGGGGAAAGCAAGCAUUUUGCUAGAGAAACCGACAUCGAUCUUGACAAGCCAUCCAGACAACGUUCCCAUUGUUAUCAAAAUUCUCCACAAUCAAAGAGACUGAAGAGGUGAGCUGCUGAGUUUAUUGUGGAAGAUCAUAUUUUUCAUUUUUAUCAAAUUUCCAAUAGUUUGAUUGUGGCAGGCAAAAAUGUAAUUAGCAAAGCCUAGAGUGUCAUGAAUGUAAUUAUCCCAAAAAUGGAUAUAUCAAAGUUUAGGUGUUAGAUAUGUAAAUACAUAGGAAUUU